AGUCUUUGUAGGGCUCCAAUUGCUGAUGUCUAGGGGUGAGGUCUCCAAGUCUAUGACUGGAGGAUGGACUUCUUUGAAGGACGGAGGGUCCAAUGACUUCAGCCACGACAGUGCCGCAGACGGCCUCAUGACCUCGGCGACCCAUGCAGUUCAUGGCUAUGCCGGAAGUCCCUACGCUUUAAACGCUGAGCACCUGGGAGGGAAACUUCCCACAGAUUCGACGGCAAGUGCCGGCAGCAGAACGAGCACUUCAGACUCGAAUGGCAAAGCCCUCGUGUCACCGUGCAGCACUGCUGACCUCGAUGCUCUAGAAGAGCUAGAAGAACUGGAGGCCAGUGUGGAGGCGGUGAGCAAAGAGGUAGAAGAAUGGAGGCCGAGUAGCUUUGAAUUCCAACGGACGUUACAGAUGGCGGGCCGUAAUCAAGGUGCUGUAAAUCUAAUGAAGUGCCUUGAGACUGGAAAAUUUGUGGCGGUCAAGGCAAUGCCACAGUCCUGGACCACCCUCGGCCACCAAGAACAUCGUAGAGCUCACCCCAGGGAUACCGAGAAUCCCUGGAUGGAUCUAGGAUUAGUUCGAUAUUUGAGCAAGAAAGGGGUGCCUUUCAUUUGCGACCCGUUGGGCAUCUUCAUGGACAGCAGUUGGACGUACUGUGUCUCCAGCCUCGCCACGGAAGGGGACUUCUUCUGUUUCGUCUCCCAGGGUAAAGAUCCGGGCCCAGAGCGAGAGAAGGAACUCCAACCCUUCAUCGUCCAGAUUUUCUCCGCGUUACGGUGGCUGCAUGAACGUUACAUUGCUCACUGUGAUAUCUCCAUGGAGAACAUCCUGGUAACCAAGGAGUCCGAUGGGAGAUACCAGGUGAAGCUGAUCGAUUUUAGCAUGGCUGUGCCAGGGCAAAGGGUCACUUGUGGACAUCGAGGCAAGCCUUCCUAUCAGGCACCAGAAAUGGCUUUGUCCGCCUUUUAUGACUCCUUUGCCCUGGAUUGCUUUGCACUUGGCGUUGUCUUGUUCAGCAGUGCUGCCCGGAUUUAUCCGUGGAUGUCCACUGUGCAAGGCCGUUGCAAGUGCUUUGAUUAUGUGCUUGAACAUGGCCAUAGGAAAUUCUGGAGGACACGUAAAAUCAAGAAGACUCCCCCUGUGCAGAGCAUCAACGACGUUCUGAGCGAGGAGCUGAAGCAGAUCUUGGAAGGCUUGUUAGCCUUUAGCCCUUCGGACCGCUUCUCCUUAGAGGAAGUCUUUAGCUAUGGAUGGUUCCAGGGGAGUGGAGUUGUGUUGGAGACCUCCUUUGGAACUCAUUCCGGCUGAAACCCAAUUCGCCAAGGCAUCACGCGGCUCUGCCGUGCUGCUUUUCAAGCGGCGAGCUGCACGAUAGACCUAGGGGCAGUGUUCGGAUGAGAAUCGCAGCGCUUUUGGUAAGAAC